CUCUUAAACAUCCCCUCUUCUCUUUAAGCUUUACUUGCUUUUUUGCUUCCAUGGCUUUUGUAUAACCUUUCUCCAUAUCCCUCUCUUUCUUCAUCAUUCUCAUCAUGUAAGCAAGUUGCUUUGGACUAUAACAAAUUCAGCUGUUAAAGGGUGUUUUUGUGUAAGGAUUUUCAGCUGAGAAUGGAAAAAAAUGGUGUAAUCGGUGAAGAAGACGAUCAAAUGGAAUUGCCUCCGGGCUUCAGGUUUCAUCCAACGGAUGAAGAGCUUAUUUCUCACUACUUGUACAAGAGAGUUCUCGACAUCAACUUCAGUGCUAAGGCCAUUGGAGAGGUGGAUUUGAACAAGACCGAGCCAUGGGAAUUGCCUUGGAAAGCGAAAAUGGGGGAGAAAGAGUGGUAUUUUUUCUGCGUGAGGGACAGGAAAUACCCGACUGGUUUGAGGACGAACAGGGCGACUGAAUCAGGGUACUGGAAGGCAACAGGCAAAGACAAAGAGAUUUAUAAAGGGAAAUCAUUGGUUGGAAUGAAGAAAACACUGGUGUUCUACAAAGGUAGAGCUCCCAAAGGUGAAAAAUCGAAUUGGGUGAUGCAUGAGUACAGGCUUGAAGGCAAAUAUUCAGUCCAUAAUGUCCCUAAAACCGCCAAGAAUGAAUGGGUUAUCUGCAGGGUGUUUCAAAAGAAUUCUGGUGGGAUAAAAACCCAUAUUUCGGGUCUUCUGAACAUUGGUUCAUUUGGAAAUGAAAUUUUGAGUCCUCCUGGCCUUCCGCCAUUAAUGGAUUCUUCUUCUGUUUUAAAUACCAAGAAAAACCAAGUUUCUGAUUCGGUUUACGUGCCCUGCUUCUCCAAUCCGAUCGAUAAUUUCCCCGACAACAACCCUCUACUCCUCCCUGUUCCAUCGAACGCGAUCACGACAAACGUUCUCCCGAGAAUUCCGGCUCCGAACACUUUCUUCCCGCCUCAACCCGUCGCUUUCCCAUCGAAUCUUCAGUUCCCAGGCUCCGUUUUAAUGCAAGAACAAUCGAUCCUCAGGGGUUUACUCGAAAACCACGGAUCGAACAUGAAAACGGAGAGGGAGACGAUGGUUAGUGUCUCGCAAGAAACCGGCUUAACCCCCGACAUCAACAACGAAAUCUCUUCCGUCGUAUCGAAUCUGGACCACCACCACCACCGUCAACAGCAGCACCCUUCCGCUGCUUCAGCUGCACCGGUUGAUUUCGAUUGCUUCUGGCAAUACUGAAAGAGAAAAUCUGCAAAAUCUAAAGUUUUACUAUUAUUGGUUUGGAUUGUCCGUGUAUAAUAUUUUCAUUUCAAGUCUUUACAAAAAACAACUUUGAAACAAAUUGAAGCAUAAA